UAGCCCAUCACGCGUUGUUCUUUUGUCGGUAGCGGACGGCCGCUUUCGCUAUACACCGCCUACUUCAGGUGCGAAAAUAUUCGGAUAAUCACGGACUCCGUGAACGGGUUCUUAUAGUGUCGCGAGUGCCUUUUUUUUUUUGGUAUUUUCGCUGUUGGUAUUUCGGAUUACGGUCGUAUCGAUUGUUUCGGCGCGGAAAAAUGGUGGAAGUAAAUGAGUAAACGGCGGUAUGAAAAGAAUUGAUCCUGGUCGAUGCUCGCUCGGCUGGUCUUUUCUAUUAUUGAUGUGUGUGUCGCGGGACCAUCCCAAGGCAGACCGACUACGAGAUAUAUGUUAUUAACUCGGGACACUUGAUAGUUGUAAAUAAAGAGUGAUGUCUACUAGCUGGAAAGUCAGAUGAUUGCAAAAACACUGCUGGCUUGGCCGGUAUGCAUAAGAGUGGUAAUGGAGAACGAGACGUGCUGUUUCAUUCUUCGUAACAUAGAUGGCAGCGGUAGCGGGCCUAUAUGGACUGGGAGAUGAACCCCGCUUUCCUAGGUCGCUGCCCAAACUCAGCAGUCAGGAAGAGGACGGGCACACCCCCCACUCCCAGUUCACCGGAGUCGCCCACUUCGAGCCCAUCCCGCACGAUCACGAUUUUUGUGAACGCGUCGUCAUCAACGUGAGUGGGUUGCGAUUCGAAACGCAGCUGCGCACACUGAACCAAUUCCCCGACACUCUGUUAGGCGAUCCCGCGCGACGUAUACGGUAUUUCGAUCCGCUGCGCAAUGAGUACUUUUUCGAUCGCAACCGGCCAUCCUUCGACGCCAUCCUCUAUUAUUACCAGAGCGGCGGCCGACUGCGCAGGCCCGUCAACGUGCCGCUGGACGUCUUCUCGGAGGAGAUCAAGUUCUACGAGCUCGGCGAGCUCGCGAUCAAUAAGUUUCGCGAGGACGAAGGUUUUAUCAAGGAAGAAGAGAAACCGUUACCGAGCCACGAGUUCCAGCGGAACGUGUGGCUGUUGUUCGAGUACCCCGAAUCGUCGCAGGCGGCGCGGGUGGUCGCAAUCAUUUCCGUCUUCGUCAUUCUGCUGUCCAUCGUCAUUUUCUGUCUCGAAACGUUGCCGGAGUUCAAGCACUACAAGGUGUUCAAUACUACUACUAACGGUACCAAGAUCGAGGAAGACGAAGUGCCGGACAUCACCGAUCCGUUCUUCCUCAUCGAAACGAUCUGUAUCGUGUGGUUCACGUUCGAGCUGUCCGUGCGCUUCCUGGCCUGUCCGAACAAAUUGCACUUUUUUCGCGACGUAAUGAACUUCAUCGAUAUCAUCGCGAUCAUCCCCUACUUCAUAACGCUGGCGACGGUCGUGGCCGAGGAGGAGGACACGCUAAACUUGCCGCGUGCCCCCGUCUCGCCCCAGGACAAGAGCACUAACCAGGCCAUGUCGUUGGCCAUCCUCAGGGUUAUCCGGCUGGUGCGCGUCUUCCGAAUAUUCAAGCUCAGCCGGCACAGUAAAGGCUUGCAGAUCUUAGGCCGCACGCUCAAGGCCAGCAUGCGCGAGCUCGGCUUGCUCAUAUUCUUCCUCUUCAUAGGUGUCGUGCUGUUCUCCUCGGCGGUGUACUUCGCUGAGGCCGGCUCUGAGAAUUCGUUCUUCAAAAGCAUCCCGGACGCGUUCUGGUGGGCAGUCGUCACCAUGACUACCGUGGGAUACGGCGACAUGACGCCUGUGGGAGUGUGGGGGAAAAUCGUUGGUUCCCUUUGCGCGAUCGCCGGCGUCCUCACCAUCGCCCUGCCAGUACCGGUUAUCGUCUCCAACUUCAACUACUUCUACCAUCGGGAGACUGAUCAGGAGGAGAUGCAGUCGCAGAACUUCAAUCACGUGACCAGCUGCCCGUACCUGCCCGGCACUUUGGGCCAGCACAUGAAGAAGGGGUCGCUGAGCGAGUCUUCGAGCGACUUGGUCGAACUAGAGGAGGGUCUCCUGGUGACGCGCGACCAGCUGGCCCGGAAACAGAACUGUAACCCGCGCCACAACAACAACAUCAACGCCAUGAGCAUCGAGACUGACGUUUGACUACGAGUGACGGAUGCGCUGCGUCCCCGACCCGCCGGCCUGACCGCUAGCUCUCUCCCGCCGCUGCCGCGCAUCAGGCGCCGCCCCCGAAGCAUCACCGCCCGCCUGUCGCCACUGCUGCCGCCGCCACCACCAGCCGCCCAUCAACGAGAUAGUGCAACGUUUCGUGUAGUGCAAAUAAAUUCCUCGCGGCUCAGGUGUAGUGCAAAUUGUCGCGCAGUGCUCAUCCGGACACUCAUUUACUGGCGGCCCUUCCUGGCCGCCGUCAUUGAACAUUUACAUCAAAUUAUUAACCUUAAUAGGACAUUUUCUCGGUACGUUUGUAUGAUAUGGUGACUGAUUAAUAGGAUGUUAAUGAUGCUGAUGAUCAAGUGAUUAGUUUACGAUGAAUACGUUUGCGGAAAUUGGUGUGUGGAAUUCGACGGUAGCGCGCGUAACGGGUCCAUCCCACUCCUGAAGUUUCAAUGCCACAGCUGGUCUGUCAUUGAGAAGGACGGGUCGUGGUUUGUUUUUCAAUAUUUCGAAAUAUUGGAUCGGACGCAAAAAAUGGAAACUUCUUGGAUCUGGAUUUGGUUCGUUUUGCCCCAUGUUGCAACUGAUUUUUCAGUCCGUUAAAGCAACCAGGUUUGAUCGAGUAGCGAUGCUCCCUUGAGUAGAAAAAUCCAUGAAUUGCUUGAGAAAAAUAAUGGUAUUUUCUUUUAUAAAAAGACUCAACGUCGCUAUUUCGAUCAUUGUUAUUUAUAUUUCAAUGUCAAAUGCGUGUUUCUACCGUUUAGGGCCCAUCAGAUUAACAAUAAAUCAAAAAAGGUAUAUCACCAAAAGAAAACUCGAAUUCAGUCUUAUCGUGUGUGUCCAAAGGUCACUAAUUAUAGGAAUCAAAACAGUAAAUAUCCAUGUUUCGUCUAAAUAUACUAGUUUUCUAAAUCUUAAUAUCCGUAUUACGUUAAAAAUUGAACAAUUUGGCUCGCUGUCUGUGGACGAUCCAUUGGUUUUUGAUCUAUAUAAAUCAUAAAUCGCAUUCCGAACUUCCGUUUUCACAUAUGCCCUCAAAUCUUGUGUUUUUAGCUUUCGUCGUUUACACUUUUCAGUUAUUAUAUUGUGCUGUUAAAUCAAUUUUCAAUGCUUUCGCUAAUUUUUCCUUUUUUUCUUUUUACCGUCUCACAUUGUUCUUGUGUGUUACCGAAGAAAGGUAGACGAUAAAAAUUGUCUUUUUCAAAUUCUAUUUUAUUUUCUGGCUUUUCCAGAUUUUCCAGAUUGCAGAGCCUUUUCGCUUUCGUCAAAAUCCUUUACUAAGUUCAGAUAUCUGUUACUGCAGAAAAUUAGUGUAAAUUGUUUUUUCUGCAUUUUCUGCAGUAAUGUUGAACCAUCCCCUGGAAACAUGAACAUUACAUAAAAGAGAUGGUGCGAAACAUGAGACCAACAUUGCAUUACGUUGUUCCUUGAUGAUUUUCUAAAAAUUUCUAAACUGAAUGCCAGAUUAAGUGGGACACCAAAAAUAUUACCUAAAUGCUAUAAGCCAGGGGUGCAUAGCAUCAUACUUUGUCUAUGCCUCAGACGUUUCGGAUUUUUAAAAAUUUCUGCUCGUUAUAUUAAAAGUUUAUCAAAUGAGGCAGUUACUCAGUCUAGUGGCCGUCCAAAUCCUAACCAAUACUAAUGCUAUACCAAUACUAUAAUAUAAAAUCCUCUAAUGCAAGAUUUUCUGCCUUUUCAUAAUAUCUUUGUUCUUUUUUAUCAACUAUAAUUAUUUAUUUCAUUAUAUAUAUCAUUUUAUUCAUUUUAAGAUAUUUUUUUUUGGAAAAGUUGAUUCGAAUUUUUAAAAAAAUUCGCGGAAAAUUAUUAUAAGUUUUAAUUUGGCAUAAAAUUAAAUUUGGAAUCUUUUGCAAAAAAAAAGAUAUUUUCGAAAUUAGAAAUCGGUAUAUUGGAGCCACUUUUCAAAUUCAUUUUCCCAACAUUUUUUAUCGAAACUUUGGUACCUUUUUUUGUGUUAUCCAAAUAUAGUACGUACAAAAACAGACAAACAAAAUACUCAAAAAUCAGGGCCUUUGAGUAUUGCAAUCGAAGAAAGUUUCUGUUAAAGCAAUAUUGGGAUGGUUCCUACGUUUUUUAGUAGCAAAUGCUGUAUUGUUUGGUCCGGUUUUUCAAACUUAGUUCAAUGUAAGUUCUACUAAACCUAAAACGAAGCAUCUUCCUGAUUUAACAUAAAUAUCCUUCGAAAACUGGUAGAACGUCCGUCUUUGAUAUUUUUUAUGUGGUAGGUUGUACAGGGAUUUUACGCAAGAUUGGUCAUAUUUUUUGCUUAUUAAAAAAAUACCAUCAGGCUAUGAAAUUUUUAAAUAAUUUUCCAGCUGAUUUUGAAAAGCAAUUAAUAAAUUAGUAAAUUGAAAAUUAUUAAAUUAAAAUCUAUAAAAAAUAGUCUAUUUUAAAACCUUUUUUGAUGUAUUUAUUUUUUAUUAUUAAACAUAUAAUCAUUAUUAAAUAGAUAAUUAAUUAUUAUUCAAUAAUUAAUUAACUACCUAAUAAUUAAAUUCAUAAAUUUUCAAUACGGACAUAAAAUUUUUAUUUUUUUUUUAAUUCUGUCUUAUUUUUUUUCCUUUCUUUUCAGAUUUAGAAAAAUUAUGUAGUUUUGGUUAGAAAACUUUUAUGAGUGCUUUAUGUAUGUUUCCUAUAUACAUCACAGAAAAAUCACAUAAAGGGUGGCUCAAUGGCAACGUCGAUGUGAUAUAACAACUAUAAUUAACAUGAACUUGCUUAUUUUAAAUAGAACAAUUUUUCGUAUAUUAAAUUAUUUGUCAUGUUUAACUAAUUACCUUGAAAGGAAAUAAUCUUGAAUUAUUAGGAUGAGUGAAUAUUUAAAAAGAUACAAAUUAAAAAUGGAACCAAUUAAAAUCAUUUAAAUUCACAAUGGUAUUUGUCAAAAUUGGUUACGGUCCAACCAGAUAUUACACCUUUAGACGUCAAUCUACAAUUAACUUAAAAAUAUUUAUCUAAUUAUUACAUGUUGGCAUUUUUAGAAAUUUAAUUUGUUUAUUAUUUAGAGAUUCUUUAAUUAAUGGAAAGUACUUAAAACUCCAACGAAAUGGAUUGGGAUUUUACAAAUAUUUCUCGGAUUUCACAGAUAUCAAAGAUUUCACAGAUUUCACGCAUGAUUUACCCCCUGUAAGCGUAAACGUGCGUGAGAGUUAAGCCUUAGCAAAACCAACCGUAUAUAUUUUUCCGUAUUAAAUUAAAUAAGACCAACGUUAACUUGAUACAUUGGUCGUUUUUUAAGGUAAGGGUUUUUCCCAUUGAGUGUCUCACUUUAUCUGCCAUUUUCAAAUGUAUUUUUUAUUUAUCGAUAACUAACUUCGCUGUAAUUUUUCUUUUUAUAACUUAUCGUUUAACUUUUAAAGUAAACGUUACCGACCGCGACUCGUAUAUUUUUAUAAAAGAAAAUACUGUGGACGUUUCGCACGGGCAACUUUUUCAAAUUCGCUAUCGCAAAAUUUUUCACUCCUAAGAAGAAAGCAACCGGCACGAUCCAAACUUUUCAAGCGCGCGAACGGAGUUCGCCCGCACCAAUUCCCGCAGACGAACUUUUGGAUGAGAUAUCCUGCCAAAAAAAUUAUUUCGUAAUAAGAAGUACUUAUAAAUAAUUUUAAACGAGCAAAUUCCAUACAUUUUACGAGCGGGUACACAACAACGGACCCUCGUUUUUCGGCUAAAUAGGGACGAAACGUAUACCAGCGCGCAAUGUCGGGUUGCGAAUCCAACGUGGCGAUCAAAUUUCAUCCCACCCGUUUCGCGUGAAACCCAAAAAAAAACACUUUCGAAUUUGGUGGUUUUAAUGAUGACGCUUUGAAAGAAACAAAGAAUACAUAUACUCUUCGGUAGAUAGGGAUUUUAGCGUUCUUGAAAAUAUUAGGGGUUCUUAUUGCUUGAAAAAUAGAAUUCUAGCCGUUCUUUCCUAUUACCUUAAGCGACGUCAAGUUCGAUUGUUUUUCUCGGAAGAUUCCCCGUCCUCCUAGUAGUUAAGUGAUACGGAUAAGAGCGUCCCCCUCCAUAGUAGGCACUUGAUACUACCCCCACUCCCCGUUUCGAAACGCCAUUUUGCGUUCGCACACCCGCGCGCACGUAUCGCCGGUCAAUCGCGGAACAUAAGACGCUGUGUAGUGCUCAUCACAAAAAAAGAAGUAUAAUAAAUUUUAAAAAAACUGUCAUUAGUUUUUGGCACUGUUUUAAGUGCUUGUAUUUUUGGGCUGUGUGAAGCUUAUACCUAGGGUUGGAUUAGCUUUUAGCCCUUGUUACAUAUCCACCCGCGUAGUGGGGCAGACCGAGGGCGCAAGGCCAUGCACCCGAGUCCGGUCCUGGCCGCGGCAAUUUGCCGCGCUAUUGAUUUCCGCGUUUCAAACGGUCAGAGUCGUUCCGAAUGGUUAGUUAAUAAAAUUGUUUCGAGUUUAAUUUGAAACUUAAUGUUUUUAAUUUCAAUUAUUUGCAAGAAACCUUUUACAAAUCCCAAAAGAUCGCAGAUCGCUGAAACCCAGCUAAGUUUUUGUCAUUAAACAUUAAAUUUUCAUUUAUGAACUGCGUAUAUAUCCCGUAAAUUUGUACCAAUCCUAUACUGUCCACCAAAUUUAUAAUAUACAGGGCGUCCCAGCUUUAAUAUCACCACACACAUCUGUUCGUCCUGCAUAUUUAUCACCUGCUUUUUUUGCACGUGACACUGUGAUUUGCUCUAUAGUGAACACGGCGUUAUUUAAUAAGUGUCCAGUCGUUCACAGACUGGUUUCGUAAGUAUUUUUAUAGUGAAAAGUUACCGUAAACGGAGACCCGUAUGAAUAAAAAAACAAUGCUAGAAGUAAAAGCUUAUAGCAAAAGAUCGGAGAAUGAGUAUUUACUCCUUUUUGCAUCAAUAAUUAUUUGUUUACAUUCAAAAGUGCUCGCGGUUUAAUAAUUAAUAAUACUCUCGUCUUUUACUUCGUUGGUUGAAGCGUCGUGAUCUUAUGACUCAUGUUACGGCAUUUGUAAUUUCUUUGGAAUGUAUCUUAUGUUAUCUUGAAGCGAGUUAUCAUCUUUCCUUAAGAAUUCGUAUUCUGAUUAAUUUUUCACUCACUUAACUAACAUUGCUAUGAGCAGCCUUCUUCAAACCCACAUGUCAAAGAUAACCAGUCUAGUCUCUAGCCUUCAAGGUCCACGUUUCUACCUCAUAUAAUGCAAUGGGAAAGACAGGAGCUUCGUCAAUUUUGCACUUUAUAAAAGAUGUCAUGUGUUUGUCCUUCCUAAUUUUCUAUAAUUUUGUCAUGGCAGUAUUGGCUAGAAUAGCCUUUUGAUGAAUUGUACUAUCUCUAUAGCAGGCACCUAUUCUGCUGGUGCGGUCCGUUCUAAUUAGCUUUUUUCUGUUGUCGAUUUAAUUUUAAACCAUGGGUUGUUCUUUCUACUUUUUUAAUAAGUUCUGAUAUUUCUUAUUGGUCUUAUGUGAUGUCAUCGGUAUAGCGAAUGUUAUUUAUUUUUCUGCCGCCCAUACUUAUGCUUCCGUCCCAACCGUCCAAAACUUUUCAACCGU